GUUGACUGAUGCACGAUAUCGAUAUCCAUAUCGAUUCGUGAGCUCGAGUGUGCUGUGUCUAUCAAACACCGUUUGACACCGUCAUGAGACCAGUACCAAUAUCACGCUCGACAAACAAAGAGGGCUAUGGAUAGGAAGUCACGGACUACUGUCGCAGAUUACUACACGUACUUGACCCUCGUUCUCGAGUUAAUGAUAUCAACCGCAAACGCCGGAUAUCACGGAGCUUCCCACACUCCCAAUUCCCAAAUUCCGCAUUUGUGUAACGUACCUCCCGGCCCGCUCCGUCUCUUCCGCUCUCUUUGCUUCUGGAUAUAGCGGAACGUCAUCCCCUCGAGCCUCUCCACAGGAAGAA